AUGUGUGGUAUUUUCGGUUACGUUAACUACCUAGUGGAAAAAACUAGAGGUGAUAUCUCUGAUACUUUAAUUGAAGGUUUACAAAGAUUAGAAUAUAGAGGUUAUGAUUCAGCUGGUAUUGCAAUUGAUGGUGAUAAAGCUGAUGAAACUUUGAUCUUUAAACAAAUUGGUAAAGUUGGUGCUUUGAAAAAAGAAGUUGAAUCACAAAACCUGGAUAGAACUGCCACUUUUGUUAAUCACGCUGGUAUUGCUCAUACAAGAUGGGCUACUCAUGGUGAACCAAAAACUGUUAAUUGUCAUCCUCAUAGAUCUGAUAUCAACAAUGAAUUCGUUAUUGUCCAUAACGGUAUCAUCACCAAUUAUAGAGAAUUGAAAACUCUUUUGAAACAAAAAGGUUACACUUUUGAAAGUGAUACUGAUACUGAAUGUAUCGCCAAAUUAUUUAAACAUAUCUAUGAUACUAAUAUCAAAAAUGGUAAUGAACCAGAUUUUAAUGAAUUAAUGAAACAAGUUUUAUAUGAAAUUGAUGGUUCUUAUGGUUUAUUAGUUAAAUCAUCUCAUUAUCCAAAUGAAGUUGUUGCUACAAGAAAAGGUUCUCCAUUAUUAGUUGGUGUUAAAACUGAAAAAAAAUUAAAAGUUGAUUUCGUUGAUGUUGAAUUCCCAGAUGAAUUACCAAACAAUGAAGCUCCAAUCAAUGGUAACACUCAUCAAAAUGGUGGUUUAUUACCAGUUGCUCAAGGUGAUUCUGGUUUACGUCACUCUCAAUCAAGAGCUUUCUUAUCUGAAGAUGGUAUUCCUCAACCAGCUGAAUUUUUCCUUUCAUCUGAUCCAGCUUCUGUUAUCCAACAUACCAAAAAAGUUUUAUUCUUAGAAGAUGAUGAUAUUGCUCAUAUUUAUGAUGGUGAAUUACAUAUCCAUAGAGCUACAAGAGAAGCUGGUAUUUCAGCUACAAGAUCAAUUCAAACUUUAGAAAUGGAAUUAGCUCAAAUUAUGAAAGGUCCAUUCUCUCAUUUCAUGCAAAAGGAAAUUUAUGAACAACCAGAAUCAACUUUUAACACUAUGAGAGGUCGUAUUGAUUUUGAUAAUCAUAUUGUUAAAUUAGGUGGGUUACAAAAAUGGUUAACUACCAUUAGAAGAUGUAGAAGAAUCAUUAUGAUUGCAUGUGGUACUUCAUAUCAUUCAUGUUUAGCUACAAGAUCAAUUUUUGAAGAAUUAACUGAAAUUCCAGUUAGUGUUGAAUUAGCUUCAGAUUUCUUAGAUAGAAGAUCUCCAGUUUUCAGAGAUGAUACAUGUAUUUUCGUUUCUCAAUCUGGUGAAACUGCUGAUUCAAUGUUGGCAUUACAAUAUUGUUUAGAAAGAGAUGCUUUAACUGUUGGUGUUGUUAACAGUGUUGGUUCUUCAAUUUCUCGUGCUACUCAUUGUGGUGUUCAUAUUAAUGCUGGUCCAGAAAUUGGUGUUGCUUCAACUAAAGCUUAUACUUCACAAUAUAUUGCAUUAGUUAUGAUUGCUUUAUCUUUAUCAGAUGAUCGUGUUUCCAAAAUUAACCGUCGUCAUGAAAUUAUUGAUGGUUUAAAACAAAUUCCAGAACAAAUUAAAACUGUUUUAACUUUAGAAUCUAAAAUUAAAGAUUUAUGUACAAGUGAAUUAGCUCAACAAAAAUCAUUAUUAUUAUUAGGUAGAGGUUAUCAAUUUGCUUCAGCUUUAGAAGGUGCUUUGAAAAUUAAAGAAAUUUCUUACAUGCAUUCUGAAGGUGUUUUAGCUGGUGAAUUGAAACAUGGUGUUUUAGCUUUAGUUGAUGAUCAAUUACCAAUUAUUGCAUUUGCAACAAGAGAUUCAUUAUUCCCAAAAGUUAUGUCAUCAAUUGAACAAGUUACAGCAAGAUCUGGUCGUCCAAUUAUUAUCCAUAACACUGAUGAUAAAUCAAUCAACACUGAUAAAGCUUUAGCUACUUUAGAAGUCCCAUUAAGUGUUGAUUGUUUACAAGGUUUAUUGAAUGUUAUUCCAUUACAAUUGAUUUCAUAUUGGUUAGCUGUUAACAGAGGUAUUGAUGUUGAUUUCCCACGUAACUUGGCUAAAUCAGUUACUGUUGAAUAA